CUGAACAACAACAUUGACACCUGCCAUUCAGAAAAAUAUCAACAAAAAUGGCGAGAUUUGUGGCUUAUCGCGAGACUGUCAACGGCCGAACCAAGGUUACUAUUGGCGGAGCCAAGAUCAUGAGGCGUUAGAAGCCCGGCAGUACGUUCUCUACAUCAUGGACGAGGAACUCAUGCUAAUCUUCAUGGUGAAUUUGGCCCCUCCCAAGUCUCAGCUCCAGAUUCGGGAGGAGAAGUUGAAGCGCGAUCAGGAUGCCCUUUUCAAGCUUGUCGUCAAUAACAUCGCCAACAAACUGCUGCCUGGUGCUCGCCUGGACUCCGAGGCGAUCGCGACUCUGAGAGAAUCCGCCGACGACUUUCUGUGGCGCCUUUUUGCUUCUGCCAAAAUGGUGGCCGAGGAUAAUGGGCACACCGAUCUUAUGCCCGGAGACGUCGAUUGCGUCUGGAGAGUUCUGCAUAAUUUGGGGGUCUACAGGUAGUGGUUCACUCCCUUGAGGCUAUGCCCUAAAUGCCAUGAGUGCACCGCUUUGGGCUGGAAGCAGGAAGCCUCGAAUCCUACCGGGUACAUUGUUUGAUAGGAACCGGUCAAUUAGGCGAUUAGUACAUUUGAUUAGUACAACCUUGGCGUAUGGACGCACUUUUUCACACUAUGCAAUUCAUAGUUGGCAAGCUUAACUUAAGUAGUUACUGCAGAAAUUUGAGAUACUCUUCUCAAUAACUCCAUGUCUCUGUCAUAAUUACUUUUGAACGAGGUUCGCCGUAGCAAUUCUCAUUCGCUUGCCU